AUGAGCUUCAACAGGUUUAAAAAGAGACCGUUCAAGAAGGGGAAAGGCAACAGAGACAACAACGAGAAGCCAGUAAAGAGAAGCAGGUACCAAGGCAACCGUUCACAGCAUCACCAGCCACAACAGCAACAGCAACAGCAACAGCAACAGCAACAACACCACAGUUCUAACAAUUCAAGAUACAAUGUCGAACUGAACCUGCCAAAAGGCCCAAAAGGUGACGCAAAUGUAUCACGUUACAAUCCACAACCACAACCACAACCACAACCACAUCCUUCUCACAGUGCCGCCACACCGCUAUCCGCCACCCCCUCAAGACCAAUCCCCCCAUCCUUCGUCGCAGAUUCAAGAUCCACCAGCGUCUACGACAAGACCGUCCAAGUCGGCGAGGGAACCUACGGGAAAGUCUACAAGGCAAAGAACCAAAUCACCAACAGACUGGUCGCCCUGAAGAAACUGAGACUAGAAUCAGAAAAGGAAGGCUUCCCAAUCACCUCCAUCAGAGAAAUCAAACUCUUGCAGUCGCUGAACCACCCAAACAUAAGCACUCUCACAGAAAUAAUGAUAGAAUCACAACGCACCGUCUACAUGAUCUUCGGCUACGCAGACAACGACCUCAGCGGUCUCCUUCUAGACAAGUCCGUCGUCCUAUCUCCAGCCCAUUGCAAACACCUCUUUAAACAACUGCUAAAGGGAAUCGAAUACCUCCACCACCAUCAUAUCUUACACAGAGACAUCAAAGGUUCCAACAUCCUGGUGGACAACACCGGUAACUUGCGUAUCACUGAUUUCGGUUUAGCAAGAAAGAUUAAUCCAAACGGCACACGUGACUACACAAACAGAGUUAUCACUCUGUGGUACAGACCUCCUGAACUACUUUUGGGUACCACUGCUUACAGUUAUGAAGUCGACAUGUGGGGGUGUGGCUGUCUUUUGGUCGAACUGUUCAGCAAAUCUGCUCUGUUCCAAGGCCAAAACGAACUGGAACAACUAGACUCGAUCUUUAAGAUCUUGGGCACUCCAACUAUCGACAAGUUCCCAAACCUAUUCCAAAUGCCAUGGCUCUUCAUGUUGCUACCGCAACUCUCGAUUGUCACUCCGUACAAGAACUGUUUUGUAGACUCGUACUCAAACGUUCUUCCUUCUAGAAACUGUUUGGAUUUGGCCGUUGGGCUCUUGGACUACGACCAAGCCAAACGGUGGUCCGCUACAGAUGCCCUCGCCAGUGAGUAUUUCACUGAGCUGCCGUUGCCGGAACCGUUGGUCUUGCGAAACCAUGCCGGUUGCCACGAAUACGAGGUCAAGUUGGCAAGAAAACAACAGAAACAACGUCAACAAUCGGCAAACUGA